UAGUUCCCUUCAGAUUUUCCUUUAAAACCCCCCAACUGCCUCACACUCUAGGUGAACAAGGGAACACGAUAGAGAAGAAGCAGUCUAAUACUUUUUUUGGCUAUUUAAAACCUAUUCAACUGAGCAAAUCAAAGAGCUUCCACUAAACAGCAAUGAGUAGUACAUUUGGGUAUCGAAAAGAACUUGAUAAAUAUGAAGAUAUUGAUGAAGAUGAACUCCUGGCAUCACUGACCUCCGAGGAGUUGCAGCAGCUAGAAAGGGAACUUGAAGAUAUCGACCCGGACGAUAACGUACCCAUUGGAUUACGACAGAAAGAUCAAACUGAGAAAACCCCCACUGGAACAUUUAGUAGAGAGGCACUGAUGAAAUACUGGGAAAAUGAGACAAGGAAGCUUCUUGAAAAUGAAAGAACAGCUUUUGGAAAAAGUGAGGAAGAAAAUAAGGAGACUUCUGAUGCCACACAAACUGAGCCAACCACUGAAAGUGAUAGUGAAGUCUCAGAAGGAGCAAAUACAGAUUACGAGGAAGAGGAUGACAUGGAGGAUGAGAGUGAUGAAGAAAGUGAAAACCCGGUUACUGAAGAUGAAGAUUUGGAUGAUGGCGACAGUGGUUUAGACAGCAAGUCAUCUUGUAGCCAUGAAGAGACAUCCAAUGGCUUCAAUACUCUCUUUGAUGUCGUGAAGCCACCAGACAGUAAAAGCUCAAAACCAGAUGAAAUGGAAGACAUCAAAGUUUCACCAAAUCAGCAAGGUGGAAAUUCAACAGUAGUUGAUGAAAUCCUUGAAAAGAUAAUAAGCAAUGACCCUGACACCAACGAAGUAGUUCUUAAUAAUAUUGAGAAUAUUAGUAAAGAAGUACUUAUUAAUUUUGCAGAAGUACUGAAAAACAAUGCACAUGUUAAAAUUUUUAGCCUUGCCAAUACUCAUGCAGAUGAUCGAGUUGCCUUUGCAAUUUCGCAGCUUGUGCGAGAAAAUGCAUGCAUCACAAGCCUUAAUAUUGAAUCUAAUUUUAUCACAGGGAAAGGCAUUCUAGCCAUUAUGAGGGCACUCCAGAACAACAAAACAUUAACAGAGCUGCGUUUUCACAAUCAAAGGCACAUUUGUGGAGGACAAGUAGAAAUGGAAAUAGCAAAGAUUUUAAAGGAUAAUACAACACUUCUGAAGCUAGGAUACCACUUUGAGCUACCAGGACCAAGAAUGAGCAUCACAAGCAUACUGACACGAAACCUAGAUAGACUGAGACAAAAACGGCUACAGGAGCAGAAACUCCUACACAUGGAGAAAAAGGAUGGAUUUGAAGGACCCAUCAAUCCAAGGACCAAUGCUUUACUGAAAGGAACACCAACCACUUCACCAUAUACAUCUCCAAAAAGCUCACCCUGGUCAUCCCCAAAAGUGGGUAGAAAUUUCAAUUGUAAAAAAACUGUACCAACACCUCCACCACCACCCCCACCUCCACCCCCUCCUCCACCCCCACCUCCAUUCACUGCAGAGAAAAAAAUACCUACCAGAAAAAUAGCAGAAGUCAUUAAAAUACAGGAACAAACAAAGAAGAAACAGACAGGGCAAUCAAAACAGAGAUCAAAACACAGCAAAAAAGCUGAAAAACAAAAUUCAAUCCUAAAAAACUUAAAAAAUGCUUUAAAACCUAUUUCUGAGAAGAAAGCUGAUGAGGGAUCAAGGCCUUCAACACCCCAGAGGUCACUUCAUGACAAUCUAAUGUCUGAGAUACGCAACAGUAAUAUAAAACGUCUUAGAAGGGUUGAAGUUCCGGAAUACCUUCGAUAAUGAGGGGCCAAUCCUGAAAAAAGAAGUAUUAGAAAACUAUUUUGUAUAUAAAACAUUUUGUUUCACUCGUCUUUUUUUACUUUUCAUAUUUUGGACUAGAUCAGAAAGUGUACAUUAAUAAUUAUUGAAGAAUAUUUCUUUUAUGAUACAUUAAAGUGUGUGUGU